AUGAGGCAUGCCAAGGUAGCCGACGCUCAGUCUUCCUCAGAGCGCUAUGACAGACAACUUCGUAUUUGGGGGGAUGGGGGGCAAUUGCGUUUACGGAAUGCCAACAUUUUGAUCCUGGGAUCUGGCACAACGGCGACAGAGGCACUGCGCAACCUGGUUCUGCCUGGUAUUGGGCAGUUCGUGGUGGUUGACGACUCCAGGGUUGUGCUUUCGGACGUGAAUGAAAACUUCUUUUUGUCUCCCGAGGACAUUGGCGACUUGAGGUGCCGCGCCAUCGCCAAGCGGGCGGUUGAACUGAAUCCUGCAGUACGCGGAGAAGCUUGGGGUCUCAGCGCCUACGAAUACUUGCUGCAUCAUGCCCGGUUGAAGGCGUGCGCCUCCAGCGAGAGUUUCCCUCUACCGCCAGUGUUUUCUUUUCCUGAUGGAUCAAAUGGACUUGAGAUGGCGCGCCCCCCUCCGAUUUGUGCAUUUGAUGUGGUGGUUUCCUCCCUGAUGUCGGCAGAAGCUGAAGAAGAGCUCUUGCGGAUCUGCAGUCAGGAAAGCCCCGCGUCUCUGCCUUUCGCUGAGGAGUGCACAACUGAGCUCUCUCUGAGUGCCGCCCCUCCAGACGUCCGUGAGGGGAGAGGGCAUGCGCGUCGCCAGGUGCCAGUGGUUUUUAUUGGCUCUCUGGGGUUUUUCGGUUGGGUCAGACUGUGGGCAGGAGAGUACUGCCUGGUGGACACGAAGCCAGAGAGCUCCCCUGUGGACCUUCGCAUUGCAAAUCCAUUCGCACAGCUCCUGGAGUUUGCCUCAUCGUUCGACCUGGACAGCAUGGCAGACAGUGAGCACUGUCACGUGCCGUUCAUCGUCAUUUUGAUCAAGGCUGUCUGUUCACUCCGAGGGCUAACACCUAGGGAGGCGGCUACUGCUGCUGCUGAAGGGACCCUUGAUAAAGUAUUCACCUUUCCCGUGGAGAGCGAUGUGCGCCAAAAAAUAAAAGACACUGUUCUCCGGAUGCAAAGGUCUCACGAUGAGGCAAACUUUGAGGAAGCCUUGGCAAACGUCUAUCGCGCCGUAGGACCCGUGCGCCCCAGUGAAGAAGUUGUACAGAUAAUGAUGACAGCCUCGAGUCUUCCAGCUCCAUCCAACACCUUCUGGGGGCUCUGCAGGGCACUCCACAAGUUUUUCAUGUCGGAGAAAGCGCUGCCUGUCCGCCGCUUGACAAUGGACAUGACGGCGGACACCUCCAGCUACGUGGCACUCCAGAGGGUUUACGCACAGAAGGCGCUGGAAGACGAACAGAAAAUGCGAAAACUCGUAGACGAAGAACUCCGCCAACACACUGAUGGAGCUACGCCACCCCCUGCCCCCUCGGUAGAGGAGCUUCAAUGCUUUUUAAAAAAUGCGGCAAACAUUAAAGUUAUCAGGUACCCAAGAGCGAGCGAACAUACAUUUGGCUCGGCCUCUCAGAAGUUGCUGGCAGCAGCUGCACAGAACUUGAGCCAAAGCAUGCAAGAGCCCUGCGCAGGUGCCGAUGCUGACGAGAGUGGGCAGCACCACAUCCCGUGGUUUAUUGCAGUUUUGGCCUGCAAGGCUGCCGCCGACAAGAGAGGCAGGUUCCCAGGAACGCUGCCGGAAGUGACCUAUCCUACAGGGGAGCCUGAGAGAAAGCCUAAUGAUGCAACUAAAACUGCGUGCACACCAGCUCCCAACCAGCUGCUCGGGUACGACGCGGAUCUGGCAAGCGACAUCGCCGCUGUGACGGAGGAGGUAAAAGCUAUUGAAAAGAUACUGGGGUCUAAGUUGACCGUAGCCAAGGAAAUCAUUGAGCAGGUCGUGCGCUACCGCGGCUCAGAGUUUCCGACAACAGCGGCGCUGAUCGGCGCAGUCGCAGCGCAGGAAACUAUCAAACUGGUAUGCAGGCAAUUCGAGCCACUCAACAACACAUUCUUGUGGAACGGUACAGAGAGACGCGGGGUGACGUUGGAGAUAUGA